AUGCAACACCAGUGGUUCACUGAGUUUGUCUCAAAGUGUUAUAAAGUACAGGCUCCAGUCCAUGCCAUGGAGGGGUUUGUCUGCGCUCAGUGUAGAGAGUUGAGUUAAUCCUGUCCUGAAGCAGAGGUGCAAGAGACCCUUACAGUGCUGCAAGGAUGUGGUCUGGGUAGCUAACAGUGUUCCAAGGGGAAGUGUAAGGGAUGGGUGUUCCUCUUGUCCAGACACUGGCCAUUCCAGGACUGCAUUCCUGACGGAUGGCAAUAAGAAGAUAACAUUUGGUUGCAGGAAGCUCUGAUAAGUGGAGAGCCUAUUAUUUGAUGAGCAUUUAGAAACUUUUUUUUUCCAUUAGAGAAUUUAGCGAUCCUUUGUAAAACUCAUUUAGGUCAGAGGUGAUGUUAGGUUAAACAUUACGUUGAUUUAGGUGCUUGGUAUGGAAGACAUGCAUGUUGUAUUCUUUCCCAAGCAGUGUUGGUCACUAACCUGAAUGCUUCCCUGUAACCUCUUGCAGGGUGUGUCUGUGGCUGGUUCUUCUUGUACAGCAUUGGAAGGCCCUCUAGGGAAGUUUGAAUUUGAUGUCCUGGAAUGCCCCAUGGUGGCUGCUUCCAAGCUGAGUGAGCUUAAUCUCAGACCUGUGUUCACACAACCAGGUUUUGAGGAACUGCUAGAUUUCCCCUUCAUUCAUCUCCCAGGAGGGGCGGUCCCCAGUGUCUGCCCAUUGCUUUCUUCAGCUGGGCAGAGCCACAUGCUCUGGUUUAUGGAGAAUCUUAGUUCAUGGUUAGCCCUGAUUCUGCAGCAUGGAAAAGGGACUGGUGAGGGCAGAAGGAGUUUGGUGUUGCGAUUCUUUGUUUUCCCUACCUUCCGUCGUAAGUUUUGUGCAGGUUCAUCAUGUGCAUCUUGUCUGAAUGUUAGGUGGUGCUGCAGAAGUGUGAGUGAGAGCAGAGGUGAAGGGCUUUGCUGCCAGACAGUUCAGAGGUGAUUGCUUCCUUUUUACCUAAGCUGGAAUUCUUGGUCCUGCUCCCCUUCCCUUCAGACCUAGAGCUCGUGUUUUUAUUGGGUAUUAUGUUUGAUGUGCCUGUGCCAGGUCUGCCCUGCUGUGUUGUGGAGGUGGGUUAGGUCUGUUUCGAGUUGUCUGGGGCAGUCAGGACACUGGGGCUUAUAAAUAGUGUGGUGUAAGUGAGAGUAGCCACUUGGCAAUCUGUUUUUUGGACUGUGAACCUCUCCAGAAGUUGUGAGCUCAGUUCCCAGUGGUACCACAGGCUGCUAGAGAAGAUGUGUCAUCUCCAUAGCAUAUGUUUUCUAGAUUGCAUGAGACAAACAUGUUUUGCUUAUAUAUUGAUGUCUCUCUCUCAGAUUAUCAUUAAAUGAGUUUCAUUUGCCCCAAGUCUUGAUUGAAGAAUCUGGGCUUAAGCUCCCACCCAGAAACACCCACAGCGCCUGACCUACCCUGUCUUGGCCUGUAAUGAUGAACCCUUUAACAUGAUCUUUCACCUCCUGGAAUAAUCUUGUAGGUGAGCAAGUGGGACACACUAACACAGUGAACUGAGAAGCCAGAAGAACUUGAAACAACUUCUUUACUGACAGUGCCAGGAAUAUUUCUUGCGAUGGAUGGUGUCCUCCUAUGUGUGCAGGCUGCUGCUAUGUCUGCAUCUCCUCAGUCCUCAGUUGCCAGGAUAUGUUAGUUCACCGCAGCAGUAGUCUCCACUGUGCUGUACUGAAUCAUCCCUUCUGUUUUAUUUUUGUGCCCAUUUGUCAGGCAGCUUAUAAUAACGAUUUCAAUGAAGUUCAGCUCCUUUUGGAGCGCAACAGCAACUAUCUGAACAUCCAGGACAGCUUCGGUGGAGACACUCCCUUAAUUUGUGCAUGUAAACAGGGAAACAACAGGAUAGUUAGCUAUCUUCUAAACAGAAAUGCUGAUGUCAACCUCAGAAACAAGAAGGACCGCACUUGUCUGCAUUAUGCUGUGAGAAAACGGUUUACCUUCCUUGACUAUGUGCUCAUCAUAAUCCUCAUGCCAGUUAUGCUUCUUGGGUAUCUUCUCAUGGUCUCAAAGACUAAACAGAAUGAAAACCUGAUCAAGAUGUUACUUAGAGCUGGAGCCGAUGUUAAUGCUACAGACUUUUCUGGUAGCACAGCCCUUCACUAUGCUUGCGAAAUGAAAAACCAGGCAGUCAUUCCUCUACUGCUUGAAGCUCACGCAGACACUUCUGUAAAGAAUCAGGAUGGGGAGACUCCCUUAGAUAUAGCAAGAAGAUUGCAGUUCCACAACAUUGAAAGCAUGCUAAAGAAAAGUUCGUAGUCAUCAAGGACUCUUGAACAUGCAGAAAAUUACCUCAUUUGGCAAUCCAUCUCGCACAGCAGUGGGAGUCCUGCAGAGCGUUGGGGGCUGUUACUUGAUAAAGACUUGGUCCAAAUCCACCCAUGCCUUGCUGCAGACUUUGAUUAUUUUGUGUGAGACUUGUCAGUACCCCCAAGGCCACGUGGGUUGAAAGGAGUUAAUUUGAUUUACUAAGCCGUGAAUGAUUACAAUAGUGUUCAAAAUAUUGCUCUUCUCAUCUGCUUCCUCUGGUUUAUUACUUGACUUGCGCAGACUGGAUUUUGAAAGCUAGCUGUAAUAUUUCUGGAAGUCUAAACAUUGCACAUGAUGGUUGGCAACCAAAUGCAAAAAUAAAAUUUCCUUUAGAGUGUGUGUUACUUGUCCCAGAGGGGAUACACCUGACAACUGAACAAUAUGCCACAGCAGUUUAUACAAAGUCUAGUACCCUUCCUCUUAGUAUUUCUAUUCCUACAAUGGGAGUGACCGGGAAAAUAGAUCUCUCAGCUUAGCACUUCCUCCUUCCAUCCCUGCUACAAGUUUCACACACCUUAUUCUUAGUAUGUUGCUACAAGGGAAGGAUUAUCUUCUGUUUUUUUUUCAUAUAAGAAACAGCAAAAAGAGAUUCAAUGAGUUGCUGGAGACCACAAAGAAAGCCAAUUCCUGGGUUGCUUUAUUGCAUUAAGAAAUAGUAAUGAAAAUAUGUUUGGCACGGUAGAGAAACAAGUCCCUUGACUACAUUUCCAAUAUAGCAGUGUGCUAAAGAAAAAAAAAAUCAAUAAAUGAAAUGCUGUUGAUGGGAACCAGAUGUAUCCUUCCCAUGGGACUGGACAGGUUACCAUGGUUUUCAGAGUGGUGCAUGCAGCAGGGGAUGCAUAUACCAAAAUAAUAAUAAAUUCAUGAGUCUUCUCUUGUAUAGGUGAAGGUAGAAGAAAACCUGCAGUGGUAAGCAAUGUAUUAAUGUGGCCUGGCGCUUUGUGAUUUAAUAAUGCAGCAAUAAAGGGUAAUCUCCUUUCAAA